UCAGCCUAUAAGAGGCCGCCUGGCCCGGCCGAGGGCUGUGGAGAGAGCCCCGGACCACACGGUGCCAUGCCCACGCCCAGUGCCACCGCGCCCCAGGCCAAGGGCUUCCGCAGGGCCGUCUCCGAGCUGGACGCCAAGCAGGCCGAGGCCAUCAUGUCGCCGCGGUUCAUCGGACGGAGGCAGAGCCUCAUCGAGGACGCACGCAAGGAGCGGGAGAAGGCGGAGGCUGCGGCGGCCGCCUCGGAGCCCGGGGAGCCGCUGGGGGCCGGCGCCUGCGUGGAGAGAGAUGGGAAGGCACUGCUCAACCUGCUCUUCACCCUGCGGGGGGCCAAGACCGCCCCGCUCUCCCGCGCCCUGAAGGCCUUUGAGACCUUCGAGGCCCAGAUCCUGCACCUGGAGACGCGGCCAGCGCAGAGGCCGCGGGGGGGCGCCCCCCACCUGGAGUACUUCGUGCGCUGCGAGGUGCCCAGCGCCGACCUGCCCCACCUGCUCAGCUCGGUGCGCCGGGUGGCGGAGGACGUGCGCGGCCCCGGGGAGAGCAGAGUCCUGUGGUUCCCGAGGAAAGUGUCUGAGCUGGACAAGUGCCACCACCUGGUCACCAAGUUUGACCCUGACCUGGACCUGGACCACCCGGGCUUCUCGGACCAGGAGUACCGCCAGCGCCGGAGGCUGAUCGCCGAGAUAGCUUUCCAGUACCGCCACGGCGACCCUAUUCCCCAUGUGGAGUACACGGCUGAGGAGAUCGCCACCUGGAAGGCGGUGUACACCACCCUCAAGGGCCUGUACGCCACGCACGCCUGCCGGGAGCACCUGGAGGCCUUCGAGCUGCUGGAGCGCUUCUGUGGGUACCAGGAGGACAGCAUCCCCCAGCUGGAGGCCGUCUCCCGCUUCCUCAAGGAGCGGACCGGCUUCCAGCUGCGGCCGGUGGCCGGCCUGCUGUCCGCCCGGGACUUCCUGGCCAGCCUGGCCUUCCGCGUGUUCCAGUGCACCCAGUACAUCCGGCACGCGUCCUCGCCCAUGCACUCGCCUGAGCCGGACUGCUGCCAUGAGCUGCUGGGGCACGUGCCCAUGCUGGCCGACCGGACCUUUGCCCAGUUCUCCCAGGACAUCGGCCUGGCAUCCUUGGGCGCUUCGGACGAGGAGAUCGAGAAGCUGUCCACGCUGUACUGGUUCACGGUGGAGUUCGGGCUGUGCAAGCAGAACGGAGAGGUGAAGGCGUACGGCGCUGGGCUGCUGUCGUCCUACGGGGAGCUCCUGCACGCCCUCUCCGAGGAGCCCGAGAUCCGGGCCUUCGACCCCGACGCGGCCGCCCUGCAGCCCUACCAGGACCAGACCUACCAGUCGGUCUACUUCGUGUCGGAGAGCUUCAGCGACGCCAAGGACAAGCUCAGGAGCUACGCCGCCCGCAUCCAGCGUCCCUUCUCCGUGAAGUUUGACCCGUACACGCAGGCCAUCGACGUGCUGGACAGUCCCCGGGCCAUCCGGAGCUCCCUGGAGGGCAUCCAGGACGAGAUGCACGCCCUCACCCACGCGCUCAGUGCCAUCAGCUAAGGCCGCGGGCGCCACCCUGUGAGCCCUGGUGGCUGGUCUUGGCGUCUCCCCACCCUCGCCAGCCCCUGCCCCUGCCCCUGUGAGCUCGCCAGAGACCCUGCUGCCCCAGGGCACCUCGCCAGCCCCCACUGUGCCUCCCAGCUCAGCCUGUGAUGUCCUUGUCCUGACUGGCUGCCCCCCACACUGUGUGCCCCCCUCGCUGUGUGCCCCCCUCACUGUGUGCCCCCCUGACUGUGUGCCCCC